UCCUGAAUAUUUCUCACAUUUCGCCCGUUCAUAAGUCAACCUUUGUCAAGGUCAUGUACGGUCUUACUCACAGGCCUAAAUUUUGUAGCUUUUGUAAAAUGCUUUUAUUUACAUAGUACCACCUUUGAGGGGUACAUCCGUUCAGCCCUCUCGGACCAAUUUUGAGUCGGUGCCAGUUUUUCUAGUCGUAACCCAAGAAUUUGAUCUGCUGCCAGUCUGAGGGUUAUUUUUAGACGUGUGAGAUUAUCUUUUCAGUGAAAUUUCCUGGUAAUUGGUUCCUGAACGAAACUCCCAUGUGGGCGUCCCGUACCCUUAUUGGAUGUUUGUUGAACUUACUGAGUCAUGCUUCCCCAAGCUGUGAAGUGCGUUUGAGUGUUUUUUCCCAAGCAUAACUUUUUGAAUCCUAGUGAAGUGUACAUUAAUUUUCUCUUGCUAUGCGGUUGUAAAUCCCUGUUUAACGAUGGCUGCCAUUCCAGACUCUGUGAAAAAGUGUGCUGCAAUCCUUACUGCAGCAAAAAAUGACACAGAAAAACUCGCAGCACUGUUCAUGGUUACCAAACUUGUGAAAGGGGACUGUAGUAGUGCUGCUAAAAAACUUCUCUUUGAGGCCAUUGGUUUUACUUUUCUGAAAAGGCUUCUAAUUUCUGAAUCUGUGCCAGAUGACUGUCCCGCCCAUAUUUACAAAUCGGUCGCAUUAUCUGUCUUAUCAGCAUUUUGCUCUGAGCCAGAACUAGCCACACAUCCGGAUUUUCUGUCCAACGUGUCAGUGUUUCUAGAAAUUGUGAGCCAAAUCGAGGAUGAAGCAGAAGAUGAAAAUCUAAUAUUGAUCACUGAGGCCUACGAGUGUCUUCAGAAUAUCGCAGCACAUGAUGCUGGUCAAAAAGCUCUCUUUGAUGUCGGAGCAGUUGCAAAAAUGUCAGAAAUAUACUCUCAGCUCUCUUUCCAAACAGACGCUGCUCUUAGCAUCUUAGUGUCUAUUGUUAAUCGCUUUGGACCAGCAGCCUGGGGUGGUAAUACUAAGGCUUUUCAUGCUCUAGUUACAAAAAUUGCCUUUGAUUUUGAGACAGACCACUCAGAGAGAAAAUUUGAAUUGUGUGGGGUCUUGCACGCAUUAUUGUGGAAUUGCCCCGAGUCAGAAUCUCUUGCAGAAACUGAAGAGUUAUGGCCUGGCAGUAUCUACAAAGGAUUGAAAGAUAUUCUAACAAGCAAGAUCGGUAAAGCACAACGAGAUCCUGCCCUCAAACUUGCUUCAGUCAUGGUCAAUCUGCUGGGAGCCGAAUGGACAAUCGUUGACCCAGAGAAGCCAAGGCAAUUUUUUUUGCUUUUGGUUCAACUUUCAUCAAUUGAAGUCCGAAUGCAACUUGAAGAUCGAAAAAUGGAGCAAGUUAUGAAAGAUGUAGACUUAGUAACUUCUUGUUUUCUUAUCUUAGAAGUGUCUGUAGCUUUUGUCGCAGCAGAUGCAAUCGACUUGGAGCAAAAAGAAAAACAGCAGCUCUACACUGCAUUAAAGGGAGCAUUUUCAGCUGUUGUUGGACUCUUAGCAAAGAUAUCGAAAGAUACAGCAAACUUCUCAAAAGGUUCUGUAGAUAAUAAACAAAAAGUCUUUGUCUGCGCAAUGGUCCGUGUACUGUCUGCAUGGCUUGCACAAGAAACCUCUGCUAUGCGGAACCAAGUUUACGAGUUGUUGCCGUUUAUGCUUGCUCUCGCUAAUGAAACGUUCUAUGCUUACCGAGAGAGGUAUCUUUUGGAAAAAAAACAUGCAGAUGCCAAAACUGAGCUACUGGAGGACCCUGACCCAUUAAGUAAAGUUGAUGUUCUAAGGCUCAUGCUACCCGCUCUCUGUCAUCUAACCGUGGAAGACAAGAGCCGUCAGAUAAUGUUGUCUUUGAAGCAAGAAGAAGUUCUCUAUGAAAGUUUCACGUUUCACUGGUCUAUUGCUCACUACAAAAAGCCAUUGUUGCCCAAGUCGGAGCGUUUAAAAGCUAGGCCUGUCGACCCAGUGCUUCCGCCAAAACUUCUAGAGGACAUGAAAGACUCUCGAGCAGCACUCAUCUCCAUGUGUAACAUCUUCAUGAAUUUCACAGUACUUGAAGCGAAAACAGUGGAAGAAUCGACUUUGUUUUCUUCACUCAUGCGAUUCAUCCUGGACAACCUUCCAGAGCUAAAGAAUUCAGCAGAAAACUUGGUUUUACAUGCCCACCUGGCUGUGCUAGGUUUGCUGUUACUGAAACAACAGUCAAAGCGGGUGAAAAAGAACGAUUUUACAAUUUGCCGCUACAUCCAAUCAACUAUUCGAUUUUUGUGGGAUGCCUAUAAUGUGGAUGAGUCAAAUGACUCCGCUACCCUGGUUGUAGCUAUGGCAUACAAAAAACACUGGAUCGAGCUGAUGGAAUUGUGGUUUUUAGGCAUGCAAACCAUGUCUGCAGUGAUUGCUGAAGUGCCUUGGAUCUCAGACUUUUGUCUAGACAGCGGCUGGGCACAAGGUAUAAUUGACACGCUCCGAAAAGUGAAGGUCGGGUCACUGCCUCCAAAUAUUAAGUCUGCGUACGAAGAUUUCUUGUGUAGGUUGAUAGAUGCAAACCAGAGUGUUGCGUCUGAAUUAAAAAAACAUGAUGCCUUGAGUGUGUGCCGCACACAUCGAUUUAUGGAGUUAGGGAAAAAAUUGUUUGGGGAUUAAAGAUUUCAGGAUUUUCAGCGCUUCCUAACCUGCUUCCUAAUAUUUUCUUGCUCUAAUUGUCUGCCUUUAUAAAGACUGUAAAUGAGGUAUCAAUGGAAAGAAGCAUCUUCGGUGCUAGUCAGGCGGGAAUUAUUGUACGUUUGUGUACAUGGUUUUUUUUUUUGUUUUGUUUUCCCAUAUCUUUCAAUGGUCCAAUACCAUAAUGAAUUUUUACAUUAAAAAUGUAAACACAUUGCAUCCUUCACAACAUGCAACCAGCCACAAAGAUAGGGCCUUCAACUCACAAAAAAUGUACUUAAAUGGAAAUAUCAAUCGGCUUAUCGAUGGUCUAUGUGCAAAACCUUGUAUCUCAAUCGCAAUGUUUCAAAAUGACCAUUUCUGUUUUAUUAUUUCGUAGAGAAACAAGCCAACUAGCUUUAAAUUAAUACGGAAUACCCUGCUGAUAGAGAAGAAAAAUUAAUAAUUUUUUCAAGAAAUUAGGUUGACGGGUCUCCCAAGGAAACAUUUAAACAGAUAUGACAGGACUUAUACAACGUUGGAAAUAGGUACGUGGUUUCGCACUUUGGUCAUCAAUAUGUGCCUGAUUGGGAUGGCUCUAGUCACAUUCAGGCGAAGAAACAUCCUGAAAUUAUUGUCUUUAGAGCACUCACAAGCAAUUGGCAAUUUUUGAGAACGACAGUUUAAAGAACGAAUAGUAAAUCAGCUGCCAUAUCAUACUGAAACGACCCUUGUCUUUCCAAAUGAUUUCCAACACACUUUAUGUGCAAAAGAAAUUAGUAGAUAUUUUUAACGUGUCUAAUAUUGUUUCCCCACUAAAAAUGGAAAUUUAGUCAUCUCAUGACAAAAUUUUUACGUCACUAUCCAAGCAUAUUGCAUGUGAAUACAGAGGCCUUUUUUUCAAGACCAAUCACAAUUUUCUUACUUCUGAAACUAAAAGCAGUGAAGAAAAUUCCUCAAAUAAAAAAUACAGCCGAUAUUUGCUUAUUGUCGAAUUGUAACGAAAUAUCUAAAAAUUUAAUGGAAUCAUUCAUGUCAAUGUUUUUAAACUCUCUUAGAAUUCCAAAUGGCUAGGGUAGGUAUAUCUAAAGUAAUGCCUUGAAGUAAACGAAGAUCUUCAUGAUCACAAAUCUACUAGCUCAAAAAGAGGUUUCUAAUGUAGCUUAGAAUUCAGUGCGGAGCACCCUAUAAAAUCAUGUUAAACUGAAUAUGAAAAACUUUCUAAGCCAUUCGUUUCAAGCUUGCAAUGCCCUCUUCAUUCUAAAAAGGAUGUAUUUCACUGGAAAAAAAAAGAACUUUGUACACUUCUCAAGUGCGGUUGUUAUGACUAACGAUACCUUUAUUAGAGUUUUUCCUUGUUGCAAUGAAAUGCUCCGUUAUCUUGUAGGCACUUAGAUUUUCUAUUUUCUGAAGAAUGUAUCAACUUCUCCCAGAGACUCUUCAUUCUUCAAUCAUUAACGAUUUUUUACCAUUUAUCUUUUUUCAAUUCGUUCUUACUCAGCCUGUCUUGUCUUACUUACUUUUGUUUUAUCUCUCUUUUUUUUAUUUCUUAAGAUAUGUUUUCCUUCUAUCCUAAAUUAACCUUUUCCGGUCUUUGAGUCUUGAAUAAUGGCACACAAUUGCAUCUGGUUACUUAAUGAGCCACUAGGAAAAGUUAGAAGAAGAAAAUUUUUUUUUUUUUUUAUCUCCGCAAAAUUCUAUGUAGAAGACUAGUUACAAAACUGGGAGUUAGGAAAUUAACUCCUGAACAAGACAUUAACAAGUAUUUUUAACACAGAUCAAGUGGAAGUUAGAUUAUACGUAUACAUGGUGUCAUUUGUAGUUUAGGCUAUUUAAUCAGUGUUAAUUGUAAACACUUAUAUUUUGUUUAGGAGUUGAUUUUCAGAAUUCGCACUGUGUGAUCCGUUUUCCUCAUGAAAUUUUGAAGGUCAAACAUUUUGCGUAGUACUUUAAUUUACACUUUGUCUAGUGGUACACAUAAAUUAAUACUGACACCUGUAAGUCGGUCUAGUUCAAUGCUGUUUAUGAGCAUCAAAUUAAACUCUUGUCUUAGGAAUAACCUUGUCUAUUGUUCUAAUGACUUAUCCAACAAUCCAUUCUCCAGGUCAUCUUUCUGUUUAUUUCUUUAUUUGUAUUGAUAUAUCUUUAGAUUGUUGCCCUAGGUCUCCAAAUUAAAACGCUGUCAGUUUAGGAAAGCUUACAUACCUACUUAAUUAAACUUAUCUGAUAUUGUGUUAAGACAUAAGAAACUUUGCGCUCAAGAAUAUCUGAAUUUUAUCUAGUUUUUGUAAUGAAAUUUCUGCGUUUAUAAUCUACCCACCGAUAGUUUAAUCUGAAAAUUAAUUGUGUAUUUUAGCUCUAACUUGCUCCCUUAAAAUCUAUCAAAAUACAUAUUAUACUUCAGUGAACCUCUUGAGGUUUCAUGAAAAUGUACUUAUUUUGUUUAGAAUUUAAGACUAAGUAAUUAGUGAACAGAGCUUUUAAAUUUGAUCAGGGUAUAAGUAAGUACAAUAGAAUAUGUAAACCUGCUGUGGAAUGCCUGAUAGUUUUGACGUACAAAGUAGGCACCUGGUAGCAUAGCUCACAGUAUUGAUGCAUAUAAUUUCUCAUUUCAAAGUAUAUUUCUGUGUGUUACUUCUUAAACAAGUAAAAUAAUUCUAGAAUAACUUGUGCUUAAACACACAAAAAUUCUAUAAUUUUUUUUGUGAUGAGUGCACAAUAAUUGUGUAUUUAUUUAUAUGUAAAAAAAUAUUUCAUCUUGUAGGUUCUCGUAUCAUGAGAAUGUAAGACAAUACUUUAACACAAACAUAACUAAGGGGCUUUGAGGACAAGAGGGAUAAGUGCAAUUUUUGCUAUUUUAAGAAAUACAUGUUUAAAGUUUCAAAAUCACAGAAAGCCUCAUGGUGGAAAGAAAGUUCAAACUCGCUUUUUGAAACUUAGAACUUUAAAUUUUAGCAGUCAAUAUUUUAAGACUAGUUUUAGUUGAAAUCAUUAAUAUCUCAAUUUUUUUAAAAACUGAGCUUAAACCACUUGUCUUCCAAACCCCUUAAUUCAUGAAUCAGCUUUUGGAGUGGUAUUCAAAACUUAAAAGUAUUAAGUAGAUCCACAUAAUUUCACAAACAUUUGAACAGUCUUUUUUAGGAAAAUGUUUUGCAGUUUUCAAAGUCUCAAAUGAUGUUAUAAUUAUGUUAUAUCAAAUUUGGUCCAGAUUACCUACUUAUGUUAAGUCCAAAAGUACCUAAUUAUUAUUUCUUGAGCCCACCUUGAAGCACUCAAAUUUGAAAUGAACUCUACUGUGGCAUCAAAUCUGUUGUUACCUACUUCCAUUUACUUUGCCGAAGGUUUUUUCAUUCAACUGAAUUUUUCCUAUAGUCUUACCUAAGUAUGAUGUAAAAUCACUAGUCUCUUCAAUCUCAUAUUUUAUUUUAACUCUCCUACAUUUUGAAAGUAAGAUCAACAAUUUUCAAAUUAAAGCCUAAGAUAACAGAAAGUAGGUCACUCUUGUAAAUUAAUUGCGAAAGAGAUUCUGUACUAAAAUUUCAAUUUUUCAGUUGAUUUCCUGAGAAUGUAGCAUUGCAUUAUCAUAGCAACGUUGCAAUACCAGUAGUUCCUUCCUUCAACUCACAACUUACUUUAUUUCACUUUAAUGUUCCCGUUGCAAUACUGAUUCCUCUAAUUGUACUCUCUAUUUUUUUCUCAAUUCAUAUCUGGAGUUAAUUGAUCGCCUCACUUCUCUAAAACACACAUCUAAUCAGAAAUUAACUUCCAUUCAGUUGCUGGUCUUCUCUCGCUGGGAGAGGAACUGAAAAGUCUGGGCUUAGUUCUACACCCCUAAAAAACUAGUCGGAGAAAGAUUAUCUAGAGUACAGCUGCAGUCUUUAAUGAAAGCCAGAUGUUACACAUUGAUGCUAUUGAUGUAGUUAAAAACAUAAUAUUAUGGGCCCCUCCUCUGAUUGGAUGGCUCAUUCCUGUAGUUUGCAAAGCGGGUUUUGUGCAUUUUUUCAUCGUAUUUUCUGUCUACUAAGUAAAUUUAGGUAGCGACUGAUACCUUAAUAACCUGUGUGGCUAGUUCUAUGCAACUUUGAUAACUUUUUUUGCAUUUUUUCAAAUGAGUUUGUGUUACUCUUGUUUAAUGAUGAAUAAACUUAUUUUUACGGAUAUUGA